UAAAGGGUUGAAUUGAGAUUAGCUAUCUAGUUGUGAAAUUCAUAAUUUUUUUUCACUUUUUCCAGAAGCUGCUCAUGAUGAACCUAACCGUAUUCAGUACUUUCAAUAACAUCACCUAUAUAAACAACCAAUACCUUCAAAUGCAUCAACAUGUACAGAUUGGUUUCAUCAUCAUCAUCACCUUCUGCUUCUGUUUCUUCAUCUAUUUCAUCCUAGUUCUUCUAGUGGUUUACUUCACCACUCCUCACGUCCGGGAGAAUGCACGAUACAUCCUUUUUGCCCAUAUGCUCAUCAACGACACUGUGUACCUCAGUCUUGGACUUUUCCUGAGUAUGGGCGUUGGACUCCUAAUAUAUAUUCCUGUACCCAUCUGUUACAUUCUGGUGACCUGUGCUGCAGCUACAUUUCGAAUAACUCCGUACAACUUGGCAUUCAUGGCCCUGGAACGAUACGUGGCUAUUUGCUUCCCUCUCAGACACACCAUGUUAUGUACAGCCCAGAGGUCAUAUGUUGCUAUUGCAGCAAUGUGGUUUGUUGGGUGGCUUCCCAGUUUUGCUGAUUUUAUAGUCCUCAUUUCCAGUGUUGAGAUUAAAUAUUUCUCCCGGAAUCUACUAUGCAGGCAUCAAUCAUUACUUGUCCUACCAGUCCAAAACAUCAUACAAUCCUCCAUCUUAAUUGGAAGUUUUAUUCUGGUGUCUCUGGUCAUUCUCUACACCUACAUCAAGGUUAUGCUGAUAGCUCGAAAAACUGGAUCUGGGAAGUCUUCAGCCUCCAAGGCUGGUAGAACCUUGAUCCUUCAUGCAGUUCAGCUCUUUCUAUGUCUGCUUUCCCUAACUUCUUCAUUUUCAGAAAAGUACCAAGGAGAAUAUAAUUUUUUGGUGAUUAUGUUAAAUUUUUUGAUGUUAAUGUAUUUGCCAAGACUUCUCAGCCCUCUUAUUUAUGGCAUCAGAGAUAAAGUGUUUAGUAAAAGCAUUAAGAAGAUGUAUUCUACCAUCAAAUAAGCUCUGUGCAAACCUUCAUUCUUUAAGGGUCCUCACACUUAUACCAGUUAUUGUCCAAGAAAGGUUAUUUUAGAUUUUCUCUGCCAAAUAU